AUAAAUGCCCGACGCGGAGCUGUCAUCAGUAUCAGUCGACGUUCGAGCUUCUCCAUCGAAGCAGUCAAUCGAUCGAGCUUUAAAGGAUUACGGGUUACAGUCAUCAUCAUCGCAAGGAGCAAUCGUUAGCCAUGCGUGUCUCGUCGCUGUUUGUCGUUUGUGUGGCCACGCUGGUCGCCGGAGCUGUGGCUCGUCCUGAACCACCAUCGCCUUAUGCCUACCAUGGAUUACCCCAGCAGCAGAGCCAGCGGGCACUGCCACUGAACGUUCAUCCGGUUGCGCCACAAAUCUAUCAGACGCUGCCACAGGAGCAAUCGUUCGCCAACUUUGCCCCGCCUCCAGUGCAGCAGCUCCAGCCACAGCCACAAAUGACUUACCUGCCUCCCCAGCAACAGCAACAGCAGCAGCAGCAGCAGCUGCAGCAGCAGGACGCCAUCCUCGAGCAGGUGGCUCCCGCCGCCGAGCCCCUGAACUCCUACGAUGACAGCUACAACAUGGCCCACCGCCUGUCGGGCGUGCAGCAUGCCAGCGGCUACAACAACGGACCGCAGGAGACCAAGAUCCACAAGCACAUCUACGUCCAUGUGCCGCCCAAGGACUUCGAGGAGGAGGAUGCCGUGCAGCCACGUGUGCACCACCAGGUGGGACCCAAGCAGAAGCACUACAAGAUCGUCUUCAUCAAGGCCCCAUCGGCGCCAGCUCUGCGCGCUCCCAUCGUGCCACCACCACCACAGAACGAGGAGAAGACCCUGAUCUAUGUGCUGCACAAGAAGCCCGAGCAGGAGCAGGACAUCGUCAUCCCCACGCCACCACCCACCAAGCCAUCCAAACCCGAGGUCUACUUCAUCAAGUACAAGACCAAGAAGGAGGAGGCUCCCGUCUACGGUCCCCCACCCGCCGACAUGGAGCCCCGUCAGGCCACCGCCGAGGACUUUGCCCCGCUCGCGGAAGUCGCCGAUGUACUGCCACCCACCACCCUGGCUCCCGAGCCAGAGAUCGAGCAGCCCGCCGCCAUUCCCUCGUCCAUCUAUGGCCCGCCCACGGCGCCCGCCUACACGGGCGAGGAGGUGCAGACCACUCUGUCGGCGCCCGCCAACCAGUACCUGCCCCCUGCCACUGCCCCCGCCGCCCUGGCCAUCGAGGAGCCCUCCAUGGCGCCCAUCAUCGUCGAGGAGCAGCAGGAGCAGCGCCAGGCUCACAUUCCCGCCACCAACUACGGUCCCCCCAACCGCUUCUUCCUCAAGAAGUUGAAGUAGGAUCGUACGACGGAGAGGGAGAUGUCUAGCCAAUUUCUCGUUUGUCAUAGUCUAAUGUCCAUAUGGAUGCAUACCCUAUCGCCUAUCCCUACCCCUGCACCCUUCCCCCUUACCAUGCACUGCAUACACACACAUUC